AUGCUCCGGGCUUGGCUGGUCCUCAAGCACCCUCCAAGGAGAAUCGCUGCCUGCCUGGAGCGGGGCAGAGCAGGUCCACGGGUCAGACCCAGCUACCUGGGGGCUCCCCCGAGAUCCUGCAACCUGCCCCGGCCCCUUCUCCUGACCACCAACGGGCCGCAGUGCUUCCCCGAAAGAUCACGUACCGUCGGGCAGCACCCGACAAUGGCACCCUCUCGCUGUGAUUCCCACGAAACAUGGCAAGCCUCGUUCCAGAGACCCCCAGCAGUGAUGGCACCACUCCCUUGUGCUGCCGUUCUCUCCCUCCUGCUGGCCACAGGAGGCUGGGGCUAUGAAGCCGCCAGACUGGGUUGCCACCUGCACCCUUUCAACGUAACCAUUAAGAGUGACAGCAGAGGAAGCUGCUGCAGCACCCGCACAGUGCAAGCCUGCGUGGGCUACUGCGAGUCGAGCGCCUUUCCCUCCAAGUACUCCGUCCUGCUGGCCAGCGGCUUCAAGCACAACAUCACCUCGGUGUCCCAGUGCUGCACCAUCAGCAAAAUGCAGAAGGUCAAGGUGCGGCUGCCCUGCGGAGCCGGCCCACGCGCGGCCCUGGAGCUGUUCACCGCCAAGGCUUGCCGGUGCGACAUGUGCCGCCUUUCCAGAUACUAG